GUGGCUGUUACUUGCACUUUAUCGCCGAACGUAGGUUUUUCCUUGCUGAAACUGCUUAAUUUCAAGUGAACUUUGAGCUGCUUUGAGUUCAAAAACCAACUUUGAAACCCAGCCUCAAUUAACAAUAAACAGACGAACGAACGAAGUUGUCUUCAUCUAUGCAGACGAAGCCCCAUUCCUUAACCUUACUCUCUCCAGUAAUCAACCACUGCCAAUUUUUAAUGUAGUUAAAUAAAUAGAUAACAACAAUUAAACAGUGAGUUUGAACCAUACACGUCAGCUACAUCGGUAAUUGGUGCAAUUAUCCAAAGAAACUAAGGAGCUGAACUAUUCCCAUCAAAACAUUGGAAAAAUGGUAAGCCCCCAAACGAUAGGACUCUCUAGACAGGAGAUCAAUUUACGAAGGCUCCUGGCCAAGUGUGAGCUGAUGAGUAAGAACCCCAAACCCGAUGAAAGAUUUGAGAAGUACAUUGCCACUCUGGAGGACAUGGUGCAAGAAGUCAAGCAGAUUUCCGGAACCCCGAUUGAGUCGAUAAAAAGCUACCAACGAAGGGUGCGCAACAUCAAAACGCUGCUAGGACUAACCACAAUCAGCAAAUAUGAAGAGUUCAAUGAUCCCCAGUCGAUGCGAGACGAAUUGUUGGGACUGAGACAACGAAUUGCGACACGGGACAAGUGCGAGUCUAAUGACCUGGACCAAGUCCUAAAGUUCGAAGAAGAUAAACAAACGAAAAUAGCUGACGAUGUGCUGGGGUUUGUCACCAACCUAAAGGAACAGUCUCAGGCGGCCAGUAGGAUAAUCAAGCAAGACACUGAGGUGGUUAUCAAUGCAACACAAAUCAGCGACAAAAACUUGACCAAACUGGGCGCAGAAUCAGCCAAAUUGACCGAGCACUCGAAUCGCGCCUGGAAAUGUUGGCUGUGGAUCAUGCUGGCCGUCGUGCUGGUCGUUUUUAUCAAUAUGGUUCUCUUCAUGAAACUCAUCAAGAAAAAUAAAUAGUGGUGCCCCCAGUUAGCCACACUCUUGAAACUAAGUUAAAUUUAUUAUUCUUGUGUACAUUAAGGAAGAUCAGUACAUAUUAAAAGCUGCGCUCAAGUUCAA